AUGGAAGUAAAUCGGUCCGCAUCAUUUAUUCGCCAGAAUCUAGAUAUUUUGGGAUUUAAAAACGAGGAAGAAGCUUUCAUUACGACUCUUAUGGAAUUACUGGAUAACAGCAUCGAUGCGGUUGUUCAUAAACCUAAGACUCCUGUAGAAGAACGUAGUAUCGUGAUAACAGUUUCGAAGGAUGAAAAUGCGAAUACUAUUCAAGUAGUUGAUAAUGGAAUAGGAAUGGAUUGCGAUUCUAUCCCCGAACUAUGUGGAGGGAUUUUCAACUCAUCGAAACAAAAGAAAGGUUCCUAUAUCGGAAAAUAUGGAAUUGGACUGAAGGCGAUCAUGCUUUAUUAUCAAAUAGCUCUCAACGUGUCCAGCAGCACCACCGAGGAGCUGUCCAUAACAUCAUACCACUCAUUCUCUGUAAAUCCCAAACUCCCAAACCCAAAUCCCUCCAACCCAAUUUCAGUGGAACAAAAGUUCGAAUCGUCGGAGUUCCUGGCGAUCUCUCAACGCUCUGGGAAUGGUCCAAUUCGUAGACCUAUCGGCGAUUCUAACAUCCAGCUAUGUUCAAUACCUGCGCUUCAUCAAUCUCCCUUGCUCUCUCUCCAUCGAAAUCGAAGGCUUCCCUUGUCUGAGUCAUGUUUUCGUUUGGCGAUGUUCUUUGGAGUCAAGUCAUUCCCUCUCCACCCCAAUCCCAUUUUCACACACACUAUCAAAAGGAUUCGUUCACGCUUCACGCUUCAUUGCUCUUUUUGCCCACUUCUCAUCCGUUCGUGCAGCAAAUUCGGCAGAAAAAACCUCGUGCGAUGGCUGUCGUUCUUCGAUUUGCCAAUUAGUUUUUCAUCCACGCUUCGUUUGAGGCCUAGCAAACCACUCAUAACAACUACUUCCUGCGGUUUGCUCUCUGGCAUCCAGCAUUAUCCCAAUUGGUCCCAGUUCGGAUAUGCUUUUCGUCACGCGCAUCCCGGUCCGAAUCCCUAUUUUACUCUCAUAAACGGAACAAACAUGGACUUUGAAAUGAGUGAAAUGGUUGUUUUGGUGACACAUUUGCUCACUUCCGAUCCUGCACCCUUCGCAUCGAUGAAGAAAACAGCGCUUCAAGAAUCAAAGGAACUCGACGAGUGUACAAAGCAAGUCGUGUUUGAACAAACUACUCAAAGAAGCAAAGCAGAGCAAUCCCAUGAAGUUCCUGACACGCACCCAAACAAAACAAUAGUUGUAUGUGUAUAA